AUGAGAAUGGACACAACGGGAAUGUUGAAAUCUCUUUUUAUGUCUGGUCAAAAUCCGACUUCCGGUGGAAACGCGACCGUUUUUGAAAUAUCACCCAGGUUGAGCCUUUUGGAUUCGUGUCACAAGAAAAUCCGACUCAUCGGCGGAGCCCCGGUCGCUUUUUUGGGAGGCCUCGUCGCGCCAAGGUCCGCCAUAUCCGAUAUCGACUGCGGUCCGCCAUUGUUAAAUUUAAAUUUUCCAAAUAUCCGGAUUGUGUAA